AUGACGACUUCUCUGCCUUCGACUCCUAAGCACUACCAGUUUCGCGAAUCUGCGUCUGGAGUGAACUUCAAGGCUUCUCCGGUGACGCCAAAGGCCGGAUUCACGCCCAAGUUUGGCGGCCCCUCGACCCCGAACAGAUCGACCCAAGCCACCCCCCAAGGCACUCCUACGGGAUCGUGGACCCAUCCCAGUCUCAAGGUGGUGAAGCAACGAAGCGGAAUCAGCAAGGAGGCCAUGGUCAAGCGGGUGGUUUACAACGCUCUGAGCUGGCUGGUGUUUGUGCUCUUUCGAUCGUUCGUCAAGCGGGUCUUUUUUGACUGGAUCGCUCCGAACGACCUCAUCCACCUACCCCCAGACGACUCCCCCACCUGGAAGUAUGUUCUGUACCUGCAAUACUUCAUCCAGGGCGUGUUGGCCACCAACAUUCUCCAGGCACUCUUCUACCUGGUCCAGCCCCAGGAUAAGUACGCCGAUCUGCCCAUGACGGACGAGCAGAGAGAACUCAUGGGACUGCCCAAACUCAACAAGAAAACCGACAUCAAAAACGUCCCCACGCCUCCAAAGUACGUGCGAAACUCGCCGGGCUCCAUGAACUUCCCCUCGCCCAAACCGCGAUCGAGAUCCAACUCGACCUCCUCGUCUUCGGUGGGAACCAUUUCAGCCUCUCCCGGAAACUCCUCUGUGGACCUUGGAAAUCUGUCUCUGGGUCCUUCGGCUUCUCCCCUGAGACGCCAUCCUAACCACGUGGUCUCCAAUGUGCCUGGAAUUGGCACUCCUUCCCCUCUGGGCAAGUCUGGUGUCAAUGUCGCCAAGACUAUCCAGUCCACUGGAAAGAAUUCCGCCGCCAACACCACCGCCAACAUGUCGCUCAGCCAAAGCACGCCCAUCGGUACCCCCAAGAACAAGUCCAAGCUCAACCAGAGCCAGAGCUUCACCCCCACAGGACGUUACAUGUACUACAGUGACUCUCCCCGGAAGGCGUAA